AUGGCUGAAGCCAUUGUGAGUGGCUGCAUAGAUGUUGGAAGGGUUAGGGAUGAAGAAGGAAGAAGAAGGAAGAAGAAAGAAAAGGGAAGAAGAGGAAAGACGAAGAACGAAGAGGAGGAGGAAGAAGAAGAAGGGGAAGAAGGAGAAGAAGAGGAAGAAGGGGAAGAAGAGGAAAAGGGGAAGAAGAGGAAGAAGAGGAAGAAGGGGAAGAAGAGGAAAAAGGGGAAGAAGAGGAAGAAGAGCAAGAAGAGGAAAAAGGGGAAGAAGAGGAAGAAGAGGAAGAAGGGGAAGAAGAGGAAGAAGGGGAAGAAGAGGAAAAAGGGAAAGAAGAGGAAGAACAGGAAGAAGAGGAAGAAGGGGAAGAAGAGGAAGAAGAGGAAGAAGGGGAAGAAGAGGAAGAAGGGGAAGAACAGGAAGAUGAGGAAGAAGAGGAAGAAGGGGAAGAAGGGAAAGAAGAGGAAGAAGGGGAAGAAGAGGAAGAACAGGAAGAAGAGGAAGAAGGGGAAGAAGAGGAAGAAGAGGAAGAAGGGGAAGAAGAGGAAGAAGGGGAAGAACAGGAAGAUGAGGAAGAAGAGGAAGAAGAGGAAGAAGGGGAAGAAGAGGAAGAAGUAA